AACCCCAGUACGAAUAAUAGUGUGGAAAUGACAGACUCGGGAAUUAAGAAUCACAGACACACGCUGUAUUGACAUCCCACGUCACAUUGUGCUAUAUAAGUAGCAGGAACUGUUCAUUAUCCAUUCAUGACACAAGCAUGAAACACCCUGGAUCAGCGCAGCUAUGACCAAUCUCCCUUAAGAGGUAUCUACAACUCUCCCGUUCCAUAGAAUCUUGUGAAUGAUGGCAACUUCGACGGUAUACGACUGGGUGACACCGGACAUGUCCACAACGUCCACAGACAUGCUGCUGGACAUACAAAAUAUUACCCUGAACUCGGCCAAUCAGAACACAACUUAUGCUACUAAUGUGACUUUGCCGACCACCGGCCGGAAGGUUUCACCCGCAUCAACAGCCGUGCAGUUUACAUUCGGAGUAAUAGGGAACUUGUUGGCUAUUUUUGUGUUGGUCAGGUCUGCAAAAAGUCACAAAUGGCGGGUAUUCUACCGUCUGGUCGGUGCACUUGCUGUGACCGAUCUAUUUGGAAUCGUGGCAACGUCUCCGGUAGCCUUCAUCGUGUACGCUAACAAUCUUAAGUGGGUUGGCGGACAACCCCUUUGUGACUAUCUCUCCUUCAUGCUCAUAUUUGCCGGUUUGGCCACAGUGUUCAUAGUGGCAGCCAUGUCGCUUGACCGUUUUGUGGCCGUGUGGUUUCCUUAUUCUUACAAUGUUACCAUGAAGAAAGCGUCACUGGUCAAUUUAGCAGUGGUCAGUUUAUGGGUGGUAUCUAUUUCCAUCGCAUUCCUUCCUCUUAUAGGCCUCGGUCAGAAUGUUUUGCAGUUUCCAGGUACCUGGUGCUUCUUCAACUUUUUCGGUACCAAUAUCAGAGACAAAUUCUUUGCCUAUUUUUAUGCCACUAUAGGAAUAAUAAUGAUAUUUUUAACAGCUGUUUUGAACUCGUUAGUUAUUUUCAUGUUAGGAAAGGCAAACAGACAGAGCGGAAUAAGACGAAAGACGAGCAGUGUUGGGUCACGCAGUGGACGUUCACGGCGUAAUGAUGUGUUUAUCAUGAUCUUUUUGGUGGUGUUAAUGGUCGUAUUUGCCACGUGUUGGACCCCAUUAAUGGUGAGAGUAAUUAUAAAUCAAAGUGGCGCCUAUCCUGUCGACAAUAUGUCCGAUUUGAUGGCUGUUCGACUCGCCUCGAUAAAUCAAAUUCUGGAUCCUUGGGUGUACAUCCUUUUCCGUAAAGAAUUCCUGAACAAACUGCUGCAGUUUGGAAAACUUCAUACACAACCCGGAAGUCUGUUUCAUAGAUUGUCAAGUACUCGCUCAAGGACCGGAAGUGAAAGGAGCAUGACGGAUGAUGUUUUUGAACAGCCAGCCACAGAGUGUGGCGAGGUUUUAUUAGAAUCGUCAGGACAACAGGAAACUAACAAAAGUAAUGGAGUAAACGGGGACUUCAAAGAAAGCACUGCCUGACUUGUGUUGUCUUGGUCAGAUUCCGAUAUCAAUACAAUUCCUACCAAAUUAAUUCAUUUAACGACAAAGAUCAACAUGAAUAUAUGUUACAGACUUUAAACAUUGCAUUAAUUUCAGAAUACGAAUGAACGAAAAACUGCACUCGUAAAUAAAUAUUAAUGAAAAUUGAUAUCUGAUACACGGUGAUGUGUGGUGACAGUGAGAUGAUACACGGUGAUGUGUGGUGACGGUGAGAUGAUACACGGUGAUGUGUGGUGACGGUGAGAUGAUACACGGUGAUGUGUGGUGACGGUGAGAUGAUACACGGUGAUGUCUGGUGACGGUGAGAUGAUACACGGUGAUGUCUGGUGACAGUGAGAUGAUACACGGUGAUGUGGUGACAGUGAGAUGAUACAAGGUGAUGUGUGGUGACAGUGAGAUGAUACACGGUGAUGUGUGGUGACAGUGAGAUGAUACACGGUGAUGUGGUGACAAUGAGAUGAUACAAGGUGAUGUGUGGUGACAGUGAGAUGAUACACGGUGAUGUGUGGUGACAGUGAGAUGAUACACGGUGAUGUGUGGUGACAGUGAGAUGAUACACGGUGAGGUGUGGUGACAGUGAGAUGAUACACGGUGAUGUGUGGUGACGGUUAGUUGAUACACGGUGAUGUGUGGUGACAGUGAGAUGAUACACGAUGAUGUGGUGACAGUGAGAUAAUCCACGGUGAUGUGUGGUGACAGUGAGAUGAUACACUGUGAUUUCUGGUGACAGUGAGAUGAUACACGGUGAUGUGUGGUGACAAUGAGAUGAUACAAGGUGAUGUGUGGUGACAGUGAGAUGAUACACGGUGAUGUCUGGUGACAGUGAGAUGAUACACGGUGAUGUGUGGUGACAGUGAGAUGAUACAUGAUGAGGUGUGGUGACAGUGAGAUGAUACACGGUGAUGUCUGGUGACAGUGAGAUGAUACACGGUGAUGUCUGGUGACAGUGAGAUGAUACACGGUGAUGUGGUGACAGUGAGAUGAUACACGGUGAUGUGUGGUGACAGUGAGAUGAUACACGGUGAUGUCUGGUGACAGUGAGAUGAUACACGGUGAUGUGGUGACAGUGAGAUGAUACAAGGUGAUGUGUGGUGACAGUGAGAUGAUACACGGUGAUGUGUGGUGACAGUGAGAUGAUACACGGUGAUGUGGUGACAAUGAGAUGAUACAAGGUGAUGUGUGGUGACAGUGAGAUGAUACACGGUGAUGUGUGGUGACAGUGAGAUGAUACACGGUGAUGUGUGGUGACAGUGAGAUGAUACACGGUGAGGUGUGGUGACAGUGAGAUGAUACACGGUGAUGUGUGGUGACAGUGAGUUGAUACACGGUGAUGUGUGGUGACAGUGAGAUGAUACACGAUGAUGUGGUGACAGUGAGAUAAUCCACGGUGAUGUGUGGUGACAGUGAGAUGAUACACAGUGAUUUCUGGUGACAGUGAGAUGAUACACGGUGAUGUGUGGUGACAGUGAGAUGAUACACGGUGAUGUCUGGUGACAGUGAGAUGAUACACGGUGAUGUCUGGUGACAGUGAGAUGAUACACGGUGAUGUGUGGUGACAGUGAGAUGAUACAUGAUGAGGUGUGGUGACAGUGAGAUCAUACACGGUGAUGUCUGGUGACAGUGAGAUGAUACACGGUGAUGUCUGGUGACAGUGAGAUGAUACACGGUGAUGUGGUGACAGUGAGAUGAUACACGGUGAUGUCUGGUGACAGUGAGAUGAUACACGGUGAUGUCUGGUGACAGUGAGAUGAUACACGAUGAUGUCUGGUGACAGUGAGAUGAUACACGGUGACAUCUGGUGACAGUGAGAUGAUACACGGUGAUGUG